AUGAGGAACAAAGUUACCCACAUCGUAAAUUCUAAGCUAGCGCACAACAUAGUAAUACUCAACGUGGACAAAGCAGCCCUGCGAGAGCUCAACUUGAACUUUCAGAGAGCUCUACCCGCCACUAUUCCUGUCAAAAAGGAGGGGCGCAUCGCCGUUGCUCGAGACGUCAAGCGCUUCUAUUUUGAUAACCAGCCGCUAGACGAAUCUACAAUUGAUCUGUACGCUGACCUCCAUGCAGACCUUGUCACCAUAUACCCCUCGGUGGUAACGGCUAGGAUUCUCUCUUCCAUGCCUGCAGCUCAGCCUACCUACUUCUAUCACUUCGACGUCACUACAAAACUUAAUGUUUUUAAGAAACUGUAUGGAGAACAGUUUUCAGGUGUCAGUCACUGUGAUGAUUUACCUUACUUGUUUUCCGAAGAGAAAACGAAGGACAUUCCGAAGGGACCAGAAACCGAAGAAGGCAAAGCCAUAGCGCGUAUGACCCGGCUUUGGACCAACUUCGCCAAGACUGGGAAUCCAACACCAGAUCCAACGGACCCUAUGUUGUCAGUGACGUGGUUGCCUUUCAAGAAGGACGAGGGAUAUUACCUAGACAUCACCAAUGAUGGGUUGAGUUCUAAGAAGGAUUUGAUGAAGGAUCGAGUGGACUUCUGGGACAGGAUCUUCAGGAUGUAG